AAAAAAAGAGUGACGAAUCAACUAGACCUUUAAGCUUCGAAGUUGCGGACAACAGCAAGCUUCACAAAAUGCGAGUUGUAGCCGACGUAGCUGCGUAGCGCGAUGUAGCAGUGCUACGGUAGCACCUGAGCGUCUACGGUGUAGACUGGAGUGUACGGGCGGAUCAUUCGCGCGCAGACCGCCGGCCGCGAUGGGCGUCCCGCGAGUUGAUAACAGUGCAGCCGAGCUCGAGCUCGAGCGGCCCAGACCCCACCUGUUGAUCGUCGACGACUCGAGAGAUACGCGUGCAGCUGAAGGAGGUGCGUGGGUGCCAAGAGGUUUGGAGAGUGAGUCGGGUGUGCGCGGUACAUCCCUUGAUUACGUGGCAGCUGUGCUUUUGGGAGCGAUGGCGGCUGUGUUACUAGCAGCUGUUGGAUACCACUGCGCGGCCACUUGGAGGUGGCUGAUGGGAAGAUGUUUCCGCAGGUCGCGGCGUGAGUCACAAGAUAGCAAUUGCGACUCGCAGUCGCGGCAGGCGGCGAUACGCAUCAGCCACUCACUGCCGGACCUGCAAACUGAGCCACUCAAGCAGGAGUACGUACAGGAACACAAGGAUGCUGGGAAGAAGGUGCUCCGUCAGACGACGCUACCGAUAGUCCCCACCCGCCACCAGACAUUUCAACGUCAACUCUCUCACCGACUGGACCUGCCUUCUAUACAGUUCAGCAUUUGCAGCUUGGAGCGCGCUGAUUCAUCUAUAGGAUUGAUAAAGCCGGAGCUAUAUAAGAACGAGCUGGUGCGGCAGUCAUCUACUGACAGCGGGGAGUUGGAGUUUUGCGGCAAACUGCACUUCGCUCUCAAAUACGAUCAGGAAGUUGAGGCACUUGUGGUGAAGAUAUUCGAGGCACGUGACCUACCGAUCAAGGACGUAUUGGGAAGCAGCGAUCCCUACAUCAAGGUCUUCCUGCUCCCCGACCGCAAGAAGAAAUUCCAGACCAAAGUGCACCGCAAGAAUCUCAACCCGGUCUUCAAUGAAACUUUCUUAUUCAGCGUGCCAUACGAGGAAUUGCGUCAGCGCUACCUUCAGUUUUCGGUGUACGACUUCGAUCGCUUCAGUCGGCAUGAUCUGAUCGGUCAUGUGGUGCUGAAAGGUCUGCUGGAGUCUGCAGACCUGACGCAAGAGAUUGAAUACACGAUGAACAUCCUUGCAGCGCCUCAGGAGAAGAAAGAUUUGGGCGAGUUGAUGCUAUCCCUCUGCUACUUGCCCACUGCUGGUCGACUCACUGUAACUGUUAUAAAAGGCAGAAAUUUGAAAGCUAUGGAUAUAAAUGGGUCGUCGGAUCCAUAUGUAAAAAUUUGCCUGAUAUGUCAAGGCAAAAGAAUUAAAAAGAAGAAAACAACUGUGAAAAAGAACACCCUAAGCCCUGUUUACAAUGAGGCUUUGGUCUUCGAUUUGCCGUACGAGAAUGUUUAUGACGUCACAUUGCUCGUCAAAGUUAUUGAUUACGAUAUGAUUGGUCCUAACGAGUUGAUCGGUUGCACGGCGAUCGGAUCCUCAUUGAUCGGCAUCGGUCGCGAUCAUUGGCUCGAGAUGUUGGACAACUCUCGCAAGCCGGUCGCGCAGUGGUAUCCGCUCAACAAGAGCCUACCGACGAACAUCGCUCUACCUUCAAAUGAUCAGCAGAAUGCUGGAUUGAGUUGUUUAAACGUGAGAUGAAGAGAUGGUGAAUAAAUCUAUGGCGAGAAUCACAACUUCAGAAAGACUUCGGAACGAUUGACUUGACAGAUUCUAUUCAAUUUACUAAAUAAGGUUAUCUCGCGAUGCCAAAAAUUGUAACCGUAGGGGAAUUCGUUUAGAUUGAUAAACGAUUGUAUGUCCAUUUAUUGUAGGAAAAGGUUUUACCUUCGGAUAAGUGAUAUUGGAUUGUAGAUAGAAGAUAGAAAGAGAUUGUAGAUAAUGUUGAAGUAGAUUAUGAAUUUAUUCCUUAGUAUUAUAAUAAUUUAUCCAGAUUAGAAUUUAUGUAAUUGGAAUAUUCGUUGGGAUUAGAUGUAAUUUUAAUUGUAGAUGCAAGUUCUAUGCCCUUACCUGAUCGUUAACUUGUGAAUUAGUUCCUUCAAUAUUUACUUUCAUAUAUAUUUAUCAAACUGUUUUAAUAUUAUAAUCUGCAUACGCACAUUUCAAAUUCAAGACUUGAAAUCUUGUUAAAUGAAACUGGAUAAGAUUAAAUAUAGAUUUGUUUGAACUGUGUAUUUCCAUUGAUGGUUUUUUAUGAACUAUCUUUAGGAAGGUUUCAAAGUAAAAUCGCAAUGUACAUUAAAGUGGUUCAUAUUGUAUUGUUGGAACGGCGAAUGUUAAAAACAUUCAUUUACCUUGACUUUCUGAGACCAAAG